AUGAAUCAUCCGGGCGUCUUAGCUCACUUCUUCAUUUUGUUACAGUUCUUCUUUGCGCAAGUCCAAGCCCAGGGAUCCGGAGCAGACCCGUACGCUCCUGUCUACACAUCAUGUCCCCAGGAUCUGUCCAUCCGGGCAGCCUCAACUGGCUUGUCUGACAAUGAAAAGGCGUGGCGAGAUCUGCACGCGAAGCAAAUCAUCCCUGAGCUCAAGUCCUACUUGACUCUUGCCAAUAUCAGUGGCUUCGAUAUUCAACAAUACAUCGACCAGAUCAACGCCACCAACCUACCCAUUGUCGGCCUUUCAGUCUCAGGUGGCGGCACGCAGUCGGGGCUCGGCGGACUGGGCAUCUGGCAGGCAUAUGAUGCGCGAAAUCCCGGGGCCAUCGCUUCGCGAACAGGUGGUCUCUCGCAGAUUCUAUCAUACAUGACGGGGCUCAGCGGUGGUGGUGCCAUCACAGUCGGAAUAAUUGCAGCAAACAAUUUCAGCACAACGGCCCAGAUCAGAACAACCACCAACUUCUCAGUGCCGUACUCCAACCCGACAGGCAACUUCACCCAGUUCUUCACCGAGAUUUUCGAGAAUACAGGGGCCAAGGCCGAGGCUGGGUUCCCAGUAUCAGUCGUCGACCCAUUUGGACAGUUCUGGGGCAACUGGCUCCCUCCGAAUGCCACUUUCGCCAACUACUCUGACCUUGCGAACCCGACCAACAACGGUGCGUUCGCACUCGGCACUGCGCCUAUGCCCAUCAUGGUCCUGGCAGAGGUCAUCCCCGGAAAGUCUCCCGGGAUUGGCAAAAUCAUGUACCCCGGAUUCAACAGCACGAACCAGUUUAACCUGACCUCGUACGAGGUGACGCCUUUUGAGUUUGGCAGCUGGGCAGGAGGGCGCGUGCAGGCCUUCAUACCAACCCAGUACCUGGGCACCUCCAUGUCGAAUGGAAAGCCACAGAAUGACAGCGUGUGCGCCGUGGGCUUCGACAAGCUUACGUUCAUCCAGGGUACGACCGCGUGUGCAUUCAACGCCUGGUUCAUCGAUGCGUUUUACCAGAUCCCAGUGUUCGCGAAACGGGAGCUGGAGAGCCGUCAGCAGCAGCAGGCCGAUAUCCCUAUUCCGCCGGGCCAGCAAGACAACCCACUCGUCUAUUUGGUGAAUCAAACGGCAGUCAACUUCAAUCAGACCUUUAACGACUCCAUGUGGGGGACGUAUCCCAACCCGUUCCAGGACUACAAUGAUGACAUGAAGAAUGUCGAUGAGCUUCUGCUGAUUGACGGAAGUCUGACGGGCGAAACCAAUCCAAUCCGCCCGCUGAUCAUUCCAGAGCGCCGUGUAGAUUUCAUCAUCGUAUACGAAGCGUCGUCAGAUUCAAAGUAUUACUGGGUCAACGGAACCAAUCUCAUCAACACGCAAAAGUCCGCCUCGGAAGGGAACAUCCCCUUCCCCCAGAUCCCAGACGUCAAGACGAUGGUGACGCAGAACCUGACCAAGCAGCCCACAUUCUUCGGCUGCAACGCGUCCGACAGCACGCCCCUGGUCCUGUACCUGCCCAACUCGCCCUGGUCGGGUUACACCAACUUCUCGUACAUGCAGGACUCCUUCACCAACAACCAGCUCAACGCCACCCUCGACAACGCCUUCCAGCUGGCCACCUACGGCAACGGCACCGUCGACGCCAACUGGCCCGCCUGCCUGGCCUGCGCGACCAUCAAGAAGAGCGCGAAGCGCGUGAACGUCACCCUGCCCCCCGUCUGCACCUCGUGCUUCAAUCAGCACUGCUGGAACGGGACGAACAGCACGGCGGACAUCACCGAUGCGGACACGAACCCCAGACUGAGGCUCAACUCGAGCGUGAGCUUCGAGCAGUGGAACACGACGGUUUGGGGGGGGAACUCUACUUCUCAGACGAGUAAUUCGACCAGUGGGACCGAGAAGGACGAGAAGGACGGGUCGGCUGGCUUGGUGAGGCCACUCGGCACCAGUGCUUUUGCCGUUGUGAUGGCGGUUCUCAUUGCGAUGAUCAUGGGCUAG